UUAUUAUAUAAUUUGAGUGUGUAUAAUUAGGAGUUCCAGUGUGAUUCAGUUUCAUCAUUCAGAGAUGAAGUCAUUCGUGUUUGAACUGCUUUGACCAACCUACGUAAACAAAACCAACAAAAAAAAAAUGCCCGCUUCCUAUUGGUGGAACGAGAUGUCAGUCACAGAGUGGGCAUUGCAUCACUCAGCCGCACUCUCGCUCAUGAUUGGCCGAGCGCUUGCUUCGCUGCCGCCCCCCUCGCCUCUGAUUGGCUGAUCGUGGACAUUGCCGUACAUGGUAAAAGAGAUUUCGCAAUCGUCUCUCCUCUCCAUGUUCCAAACAAAAACACUCAGCGCUCACACACAGACGGGAUUAAAACCUACUCUUUCUACGUUAACUUGUUCUACUUUGACGGAUGGUUGACUCCCCCGCCGCCCCGUGAAGGCUCUGAAGAAUCUCCUGCUUCCCGUCUUUGAUUCAUCUGCUACCUGAGGAGACUCGGACCUCAGCACCUGAAGGCAACGCAUCCAAAUGAGCCGGCCGUCGCAGGCGAAACAACCCACACCCGACCACCACGGCGUGAGCGUAAUCCAGAGCCAGUCCCACGCCAUCGUCGCUCCCGGCCUGCAGCAAGUCCCGCAGCUAGUCCCCGCUAACACUUCAGCCGGAGGCGGGAAGGCCGCGAAGAUGAAGAAGCCGUCGGCAGACAAGGAGAGCGACGAAUACCGCCAACGGCGCGAACGCAACAAUCUGGCGGUGAAAAAGAGCCGCAUGCGCAGCAAGCAGAAGGCGAUGGACACACAGCAGCGCGUCAACGAGCUGAAAGAGGAGAACGAACGGCUCGAAGCCAAAAUCAAACUGCUGAGCAAAGAGCUGAGCGUGCUCAAAGACCUCUUCCUGGAGCACGCACACAACCUGGCCGACAACGUGCACCCGCCUGCUGGCGGCGAGGGCGCAAGCCCCGCCCCCAACAACAGCAACAACAUCUCGGCCAAUGGGCAGUGAGGGGGCGGAGCCACACGGACGUUUGAUUACGGUUUCGCUCGCCUGUCGUCUACAGCUUCUGUGGAAACUUCUGUCACUUCACAUGUUGGAAAUUAACGUCACGACUUCUUUUGGGUUUUUUUUUUGUUGUAUUUUUUCGGAAAUGGACAUUAUUCACCCCCCUCCCUCUAAAGCUGGAGAAGUUGUGGACAGUAAAACGUUUGAUUACGGGAGCUACUGUCACUUCUCACGUAGGAAACUUCUUAGUGUAUUAACUCUUUAUUAACUAACUCACACACACACACACACUGAGACACAGACACACACACACACACACACACACACACACAC